AUGAUCAUGUCAGCGGCAGAACCGUUUGCAAAGUCCAAAACCGGCGUCAAGGUGAUCAUUGUAGGAGCCGUAGGUUUCGGAGGUCUCACUGCGGCCAUUGAAUGCCAUCGUCAAGGCCACGAUGUUGAAGUAUAUGAAUCAUUCCCCGAGCUGAAGCCACUGGGUGAUAUCAUCUCAUUCGGCUCCAAUGCUGGCAGGAUUUUCCGACGAUGGGGAGUCGACGGUUCGAUAGCAAAGAAAAUGCGAGAGCUCAGUAUUGACUUGACCGGCUACGGCUUCAACAUCCACAAAUAUACAGGAGAACUCAUCAUCAACCAAGCUACACCACCUCAAAACCCCGACGCUCCAGUCUUCAACGGCCAUCGUGGAGAGCUGCAUGAAAUUGUUUUCAACUAUGCCAAAGACGACCUUGGAAUCCCCAUUCAUCUUAACCAGAGAGUUGAGAAGUAUAUUGAGGAGCCUGAUAGGGCUGGAAUCGAGCUUUCAAAUGGAGAACAGGUCUGGGGCGAUGUGGUUGUCGGAUCUGAUGGCGUGAGAUCGAAGGCACGUGAAUUGGUCCUGGGUUAUUUCGACAAGCCAAAGAGCAGUGGCUAUGCGGUUUUCCGAGCAUGGUUCCCAAACACAGAUAUGAUCAAGGACCCAAGAACAAAGCAAUUCUGCGAGAACGGUGACACGUUCAAUGGCUGGAUCGGGCAGGAUGUACAUUUCCUGUUCUCGACCAUCAAAAACGGCAGCGAUUGCUGUUGGGUUUUGACGCACAAGGAUGAGGCAGAUAUUGAUGAGUCGUGGUCAUUUCCCGGCAAGCUAGAGGACGUGUACAAAGUAUUCGAGGGAUGGGACCCGAUGUGCAAGGCCAUCGUGGAAAAGACGCCCGAAAGCCACCUCGUCGACUGGAAGCUUGUGUACCGCGACCCUUUGCCAACGUGGAUUAGCAAGGGCGGUCGCAUUGCCCUGCUCGGAGACUCCGCCCAUCCAUUUUUGCCGACUUCAGCUCAAGGUGCGACACAGGCAAUGGAAGAUGGCGUUACAAUUGCAGUUUGCCUCAGGCGAGCUGGAAAGAAAGACGUCCCGGAUGCUGUUCGGACAUAUCAAAGCAUAAGAUAUGACCGUGUAAGAGCUGUGCAAAAGACUGGAGAGACCACGCGUGACAUGUGGCACAAGGCCGACUGGGACAAGGUCAAGGAGAAUCCUGAAUCUGUUCAAUUUCCACGUGAAGACUGGAUUCAUUUCCACGAUGCCGAAAACCAUGCCGAGGAGGUGUUUGAUGAGAAUUUUGGCCAGGUCCAGGCUACAGUCAACGGUACGCAUUGA